AAGCAUGAAGCUGCCUCAUUCCUCAGGGCUUUCAGCUCAUCCUGGAUCUCGCUCUCUUUCUUCCUCUGUCUCUCUCAAACACACACACACACACACACACACAUACACACACAUACACACAGAGGCACACAGGGGGGCUUCCUCUGUCCCAGACACGCUGUCUGCCUCUCUCUCGUCUGGGACAGGAGAGCGAGAGAGUGACGGGAGAGAACAGUAGAGAGAGAGGAGGAGAGGAGGAGGAGAGUAAAACCAUGCUUCUGCAUUCACGGGUAUCAGCUCAAGGUUGAAUGAGGGAAGAGAUGGAAAACGGAGAGAGAGAGAAGAGGAGGACAAGGAGCUGAGGCGAGAGAGCACAGCCUGCCUGUCUUCAUUCGCUCGAAGAGGCUGCUGCUGCUGCUGCAGAGCUCUUUCUCUCUCGCUCCCUCUCUCUCUCUCUCUCUCUCUCUGUCUCUCUCAUCUGUCUAUACUGAGGAUGCUCCGCUAACCGUCAUCUCCGUGGUUUAGCGUGAUAACCUGCAGCGCCUCCUGCGUGCUAGCUUCAAAAAAUAACGUGGCUGGAUUUAUCACACUUUCCCCAGGAACCCUGCAGACCAACAAGGCUAUCUGUGAAGAAGAUACUUGGAUUUUUCCCACUCUAAGGAUAUCUAAGGAUAUACCACAUUUUUUGCUUGGCACGGCUGCUUCUAAGGGCAUAUUUCUCUUUUAUUCUUCUUCUUCUUCUUCUUCUUCUUCUUCUUCUUCUUCUUCUUUUAUCCCUCAGGGUUGACUUUGAAAAAAAAAAUUGGUUUUGGUCAGUUGGUUGUUGCUUCCCACUGGAUUUAACAGCAGUUCUGCAUUGCUGAAUUCGGAAUGCUAACACCCUAACCUAUUGCUCUCCAUGGUUUCUGCCCAUGUAAAAAAGCUAUCGUCUUACAUUUUUAAGAUUUGCAAAGGAAUGUUUACAAAGAAACUGGCAAAUACAACAAAAAAGAAAGAGAGUAGCGAAAACAAAAAAGAUCCUAAGAUAUCCCCCGACCUGCAUGCUCGAAAUCAGACUUUCUCCACCACACUGAAAAGCACAGUUAAAAAGAUAUCUAAAUGUUCUUCUGCUCGCAAUUUGUCUAUUGAGGAAGACGACAGCAGGAACGACUGCUCUUCCCUUUCUCCAACGUUCAGUUAUCGUGUAGCAAUUGCUAAUGGACUGCAAAAGAAUGCUGUACUACUGAACAAUAAUGAAUUUCAUGAAGUGCUAUCCAUUGAUAGUAGUUACACUGACUCUUUAAACGAGGCCAAACUUGUCCAUAGAUUCGAUGAACAAAAAGCUUACACGAUGCCAGUAAGAAGGAAUAGGAAGAGUAUGAUUAGUUUGGCACCUUCUGAUGGCAGCUCGGAGGGAGAACGUGGAGAGCGAAGCAGUCUCCACACCCUCCGACUUGGUGCUCUGAAAAAGCUUCGGAAGUGGAAGAAGAGCCAAGAAUGUGUUUCUUCCGAUUCCUCAGAGGCUAGCACCUGGAGGAAGACACUUGGCAUCAGGAGCAAGUCUCUGGAUCGGGCUGGGAGGCAGCAGAAAACAACCACCCUGGAACCGGGAUCCAGCUCCACAGGCUGCAUCAGUCAGACCCAAGAUGUCAUGGAAAUGAUCUUCAAAGAGCUUCAGGGAAUCAGUCAGAUUGAGUCAGAGCUCUCGGAGCUUAGAGGGCAUGUUAAUGCUUUGAAAAGCUCCAUCGAUGAGAUCUCCAGUAGUGUGGAGGUGGUGCAGAGUGAAAUUGAGCAGCUUCGCUCAGGAUUUGUGCAGUCCAGACGAGAGACACGAGAUAUCCAUGACUACAUCAGACAGUUAAGCCACCAGACCAACAAAGCUACUUUGAGAUUUCUAAACGUGCCUGAGGAAAAAUUUGAAAGAACCGAGGAACUCAUUUAUCACAUUUUAAAGGAAAAAAUGGGUUUUGCUGAAGCACACAAGACACUUACAAUCGAACUUGCCCAUCGAUUGGGGCAACUAAGAGAAUGUUCAAGUGCUAAACCUCGACCUAUUAUAGUUAUUUUUUCAAAUCCUCAAGACAGGGAUUUAGUUUUGAAAAAGUGUUAUAAACUCAAAGGCACUGGAAUAUCAAUCUCAACAGAUAGCCUCACACAAGAGUCAAAAGACAGGAAAGAACGAGGGAUGACCUCUUCUCAGACCUAUGAAAGCAUGGACAUGAAAGUGUCAAGUGCCAAAGACAAGGCUGAGAGUGAUGACUGGGACUCAAUGGACAGUGAUAAAGAACUAGAUGAAUUAAACAAAAACAAAUAUGCAAUUGUGCCCAAACCACCUCAGAAAACGAAAUCUGACAAAAAAAAGUCUCACGAUCACAGGCGGUCUACAGACGACACCACGUAUUCGGUGCAUUACGCUGAUGAUGCUGUUUACGAUGACAAGCAAAACAAGUCUUACUAUUCUGACAUGACUCCAGGAUGGCUCUCCCAGAGUGAUUACUCCACUCCUAAGCUCAGUCGCUCAGAAUCUGACUGCUCCAAACUGUGCCCAUCUUACUCUGAAGAUUUUUCUGAGAGCCAGUACUUUAGCAGAGUUAAUGGAUGCUCCCUGCUUUCUUCAUCCGACCAAGAGCUCUGGCAGCGAAAACAGGAAGACAUGGCUUCUUCCUGGUAUGCAAGCCCACCCAGUCAAACACUCAGUCAGGAAAACCCGCCGUAUGUGGAGCACAAUGAGGUUGAGACCACUGAGACUAUUGACAGUGGAGUCAGUAAUGGUCUGGUGUGUAUAUCAGGGGACAGAAGUCACUAUAGUGGCUCUCAACUUUCUCUACAAGGUGACCUUUCACCAUGGAAAGACUGGCAUCACCUUGAACAAGGAGCUGACUCAGGCUUGGAUGCCUCAACUGAACAUAACAUAGUCUCGGAAAUCAGUAGUCCAUUUGACCCUGCUGCUAACCCAGGUUUCCCAGAAAAAAUUACAAAAUGCCUUGAGGUCGAUUUGCAAUUUGAAGGUGAGACAUUUUUGACAUUUGACAGUACACCUGAGACAACACAAGAACCAGACAUGGAGCCUGAGUUAGAACCUGAGCCAGAACCUGAACCAGAACCUGAGCCAGAACCUGAACCAGAGCCUGAGAUAGAAGCUGUAGUAGAACCAAUGCAAGUACAAAAACCUGUGCCAGAACCAAAACCGGAAAAGAAGCCUAAGACAAAGCCGAAAACACAUACCAAACCAGAGUCUGCCCCACAGACUCUGCAACGACAGGAGAGUAAGGCGAACCAACUACAGCAAAACCAAAAGUCUUCCAGUAUGUAUCGCAGUCAGAGUGAGAUCAGGGCUGAAAAGGUUGAAGAGGUUCCGAAAUCCUGGAGCAGCAGGCUGAGCAUAGACUUGUCUGAAAAAACAUUCAGCUUUGGAGGCUUUGGCUCCACCUUACAGAGGGCCAAAUCAGCUUUGGAGGUUGUCUGGAAUAAGGGAUCUCAAAGCUCCAGUGCUCCUGCUGAAGAGCCAAGUACUAUCCCAUUUAUAGGCCGGUUCAGGACUAUGUCUCAAUCAACAGCCAAUGAUUCCAGCACCACUAUCGACUCUGAUGUCUACAAUGAACCCUUCUACUACAAAGCUGAUGAAGAUGAACAAACUACGGAGCAAACUGUGGACAACGAGACACAUUACGUUGAAGUGAUGGAGCAGGUGCUAGCCAACCUUGAGAACAGAACAAAUGCUAAUGAGGCAGAGGAGGAGUACCAAGAAGAUGAGUAUGAAGUCUCACAAGAAUAUGACAUUUUGCAAGAAGGGAACCCAGUUCUGGAAUACGACUGCAGCUUAGAUGAUCAAUAUGAUGAAGAAUACAGUGAGGACUAUGAUGAAAACCAGAUGACUGAGGACAGGGAGGAGUACGAGGUCAUGAUUGAAUACAUAGAAGAAACAGAGGAGGCUGUGGAUGAAGCUGACGAACAAGAUGAGGACGAAGCAGAAGUUGAAGCAGAGGUGCAAGAUAUGGCACAGACACAAAGAGCAGAGAAGGACAAAGAAAUUGUGAAUCAGGAAGAUGAAAACAAAAAUGUCACAGAAACUCCUGCAGCAGUGGAGGAACCGGCGCCCAAGAAAAGAACACGACCAACGUUUAAAGAAGCUGCUUUGAGAGCAUAUAGGAAGCAAAUGGCUGAGCUUGAGCAGCAGAUCCUGGCUGGAGACAGCGCUGCCUUGGACACACAGGGUCUGGAUCCAGCCAAGCUUGGCCUAAGCACAGGAGGAGCUGGCAGUAUUCUUUAUGGCAUCGACAGCAUGCCAGAUUUACGGCGUAAGAGGACCGUGCCUAUCGUCCGUGACCUGGCAGGCAUCUCGUUUGCGCUCGUGACCAGAUCCACCCUGAACAACGAGGAGCUGAAGCUGCAGGUGUUGAGGAAGACUCUCCAGGCGCUGAUCUAUCCCAUAUCAUCCACAACGCCUCAUCAUUUCGAGGUGUGGACGGCGACGGCUCCCACCUACUGCCCUGAGUGUGAGGGUCUGCUGUGGGGCAUUGCACGUCAGGGCAUGCGCUGCACCGAGUGUGGCGUCAAGUGUCAUGAGAAAUGUCAGGACCUGCUGAAUGCCGACUGCCUGCAGCGUGCGGUUGAGAAGAGCUCCAAACAUGGCGCUGAGGAUAAGACCCAGAACAUCAUCAUGGCCAUGAAGGAAAGGAUGAAGAUCCGUGAGAAGAACCGGCCCGAAGUGUUUGAACUCAUCCAGGACAUGUUCCAGCUCUCCAAAGAAGACUUCAGCACUCACCUUAAGAGCGCCAAACAGGCCGUGCUGGAGGGGACAUCCAAAUGGUCCGCCAAGAUCGCCAUCACUGUCAUGUGUGCUCAAGGUCUGCAGGCGAAGGAUAAGACGGGUUCGAGUGACCCGUACGUCACCGUGCAAGUGGGCAAAACCAAGCGCAGGACCAAGACGAUCUUCGGAAACCUGAACCCCAUCUGGGAUGAGAAAUUCCUCUUCGAGUGCCACAAUGCUACAGAUCGUAUAAAAGUUCGAGUUUGGGACGAAGACGACGACAUCAAGUCUCGCGUCAAGCAGCACUUCAAGAAGGAGUCUGAUGACUUCCUGGGACAAACCAUCAUCGAAGUGCGCAUGCUGAGUGGAGAAAUGGACGUGUGGUACAACCUCGAGAAAAGAACAGAUAAGUCGAUGGUGUCCGGGGCCAUCAGGCUGAAGAUCAGCGUGGAGAUGAAGGGCGAGGAGAAGGUGGCUCCUCCCCAUGGGCAGUACACCUGUUUACAUGAGAACCUGUUCCACUACCUGACUGAGAUAAAGAAUAACGGAGCGGUGAGGAUCCCGGAGGUGAAAGGGGACGAGGCGUGGAAGGUUUACUUUGAUGACGUCUCUCAGGAGAUUGUGGACGAGUUCGCCAUGCGCUUCGGAGUCGAGUCCAUUUACCAAGCCAUGACUCAUUUCUCCUGCCUCUCAUCAAAGUACAUGUGUCCCGGAGUGCCGGCUGUUAUGAGCAACCUGUUGGCAAACAUUAAUGCCUACUUCGCUCACACCACCACCACCAGCAGCAACAUCUCCGCCUCAGACCGCUUUGCUGCUUCCAACUUCGGGAGAGAGAAAUUUGUGAAACUCUUGGAUCAGUUACACAACUCUCUGAGAAUCGAUCUCUCCAAAUACCGGGAUAAUUUUCCUGCUGGAAAUCCAGAGAGGCUCAUGGACCUGAAAUCUACAGUUGAUCUACUGACCAGCAUCACCUUCUUCAGGAUGAAGGUGCAGGAGCUGCAGAGUCCUCCGAGAGCCAGCAUGGUGGUGAAGGACUGUGUGAGAGCGUGCCUCGACUCCACCUACAGAUACAUCUUCGACAACUGCCAUGAGCUCUACAACCAGCUGCUCGACCAGACAAAGAAGCAGGACCUGCCUCGUGAGGAACAAGGGCCAUCCAUAAAGAACCUGGACUUCUGGCCAAAGCUCAUCACGCUGAUGGUAUCUGUGAUCGACGAAGACAGGACAGCGUACACACCUGUCCUCAACCAAUUCCCGCAGGAGCUGAACAUGGGCAAAAUCAGCGCAGAGAUCAUGUGGAACCUGUUUGCUAUGGACAUGAAGUAUGCCAUGGAUGAACACGAGAAGCAGCGCCUGUGUAAGAGCACUGAGUACAUGAACCUGCACUUCAAAGUCAAAUGGUUCUACAACGAGUACGUCAAAGAACUUCCAGCCUUCAAGGGGACGCCUCCGGAAUAUUCCCUGUGGUUCGAGCCUUUUGUUAUUCAGUGGCUGGAUGAGAAUGAAGACGUCGCCAUGGAUUUCCUCAACGGCGCCCUGGAGAGAGACAAGAAAGAUGGGUUCCAGCAGACGUCUGAGCACGCUCUGUUCUCCUGCUCCGUGGUGGACGUGUUCACACAGCUCAACCAGAGCUUCGAGAUCAUCAAGAAGCUCGAGUGCCCGAACCCUCAAGCCCUCGCUCACUUCAUGUGCAGAUUUGCUAAAACGAUCAACAAAGUGCUUCUGCAGUACGCUGCCAUCAUCUCCAAAGACUUCAGCAAUCAUCUGAGCAAAGAGAAAGUGCCAUGCAUCCUCUUGAACAACAUCCAGCAGCUUCGAGUUCAGCUGGAGAAGAUGUUCGAGUCCAUGGGAGGGAAGCAGGAGGAAGGGGUUGUGGCCUUCUGUAAGCUGGAUGCUGAGGCGAGUGAUCUGCUGAAGGAACUCCAGAAUAAACUCAACACAGUUCUGGAUGAGUUGAGUGCGGUGUUCGGCUCCAGCUUUAAGCCGGUGAUUGAAGACUGUGUGAAACAGAUGAACCAGGAGCUGAUGCAGAUGAAAGGCAACGCUGCUAACAAGAGCAACGCAGCCAUGGACGCCGAGACAGUCCUCCGUCCCCUCAUGGACCUGCUGGAUAAAAACCUCAUCCUCUUCGCUAAGAUCUGUGAGAAGACGGUGCUGAAGCGUGUGCUGAAGGAGCUGUGGAAAAUUGUCCUGAACACCAUUGAGAGGCAGAUCGUGCUGCCACCGCUGUCUGACCAAACACAAGGAGCUCAGAUGAUCUUCAGUGCAGCCAAGGACCUGGGCCAGCUCUCCAAGCUGAAGGAGCAUGUGAUUCGUGAGGAGGCUCGCAGCUUGACGCCUCGCCAGUGUGCAGCCAUGGACCUCGUGCUUCCCACCAUCAAGCAAUAUUUCCAUGCCGGAGGGAACGGCCUGAAGAAAACCUUCCUGGAGAAAAGUCCUGACUUGAAGUCUCUGAAAUAUGCGCUUAGCCUUUACACCCAACCCACAGAUGCCUUGAUCAAAAAAUAUAUAUGCACCCAGCUGUCUCAAGGUCAGUCAUCAUCCAGCCCAGUGGGAGAAGUGGUGAUGCACGUGGAUCUUAUCUCUCACCCCGGCACCGGAGAACAUAAAGUCAAUGUGAAGGUGGUGGGUGUGAACAACAUUAACUGGCAGACGAACACCAUGUUCCGACCAUUCGUGGAGGUCAACGCCGUCGGGCCGAGCCUCGCUGACAAGAAACGCAAAUACAGCACCAAGACCAAGAACAACAACUGGUCACCCAAAUACAACGAAACAUUCCAGUACGUUCUGAGCAGCGAGCACGGCCCGGAGGCGUACGAGCUGCACGUGUCGCUGAAGGACUACUGCUUCGCCCGUGAGGACCGCGUCAUCGGUGUGACCGUGCUGCAGCUCCGAGACCUGACUGACAAAGUCAGCCUGAACGCCGCGUAUCCUCUCAUCCGCAGCGUCACCAUGGACGAAACGGGCCUCACCAUCACGAGGAUCCUCUCACAACGGACCAACGACGAGGUGGCCAAAGAGUUUGUACGCCUCAAAUCUGAAACCCGCUCAGCUGAGGAAGCAUCCUGAACUAAAACCCCAAGGAACUCUCUCUCUCCGGAAAGCAAAAAAAAAAGAAUAACAAUAAUUAAAUAAAUCAUUGAUUAAUUUAAAAAAAAAAAAAUAGAAGGUGUGAGGAAGAAAAAGUGAGGCAGGAUGUGGCAACAGCGCAAGAGGAUGUGUGUUGUUCGUUUCUGUGCAUGUGUGUAAAACAUCUGUUGGAAUGUUCAUUCGAAAAACUUAAAGCGUAUGUAAUACAAGUGUUUACCUGCUGUAUGCUCACUAUCGAAUAAUAUAUUCUACGUUAACGAGACAUUGAAUACGUCUUUUUGUAUGAAGACUAGUCUUUUUUGGAACAGGUUUUUGUUCAGAUAAAGUGCCAAACCUGUGGAACUGAGAAAAGAAAAAAAAAAUAAUAAUCAUAUCGGUUAUUGGUAACGUUGGUGAUGUUUUGAACUUGCCUGAUUAUUGUGUGUGUGUGUGUGUGUGAGUGUGUAUGGGGAUCAUACUCUCUUUAAUUGUGUAGCAUUUUGUGUCUUCUUUUCUUCCAUUUCACGCAUUUUUUUUGAAUCCCUCGAUCCUCUCCGCCUCUUUUUUAAACAGCGUUUUUUUAAACACGGCGAGGACUGCUAUCUAAUUCUUCGUAGGCGUUUGUAAUUUUAUAGCCACCGACGACAACAACAACGGCGAGGGCCGCCUUCAGUGCCGAGCAGAUCAGAUCAGAUCAGAUCAGACCGCAUGGGGUUUUUGCGCUGGUGUUUUUUUCUCUUCUUCUUCUUCUUCUUUGUGUUUCAUGGAUUAUUCGUUUAUUUCCUGGCUUUUCGACUGUUUCGGUUUUGGUUUCUUUCGGCUUCCAGCCUUUCGGGAAAAGAUCACUGUGAACAUGCGCUUUCGAAAGGCGAGCUCCAGCAUUUACACAUCAUUGGAUCUGAUACUCUCUCUCUCUCUCUUUUUCAUUUCUAAAAUAACUGCCAAAGUUAUAUUCAACAGAUAUUUGUACAAAAGCAAUCCAUGACCUGUAUGAAGAGAAUUAUAUGCUACGUACUCGUGCUCUCUUGAUUUCUUUAUCGAUUCCUUUUCUUUUCUUUCUUUCUUUCUUUCUUUUUUGCGAUGUUUGUGUCUGAUUGAUUCUGAAAUGCAGAUUUCGGGAUUAUUUCCGUGAAGAUUUUCCAUGUCAUCGGGACAUGAACACGUUAUAAUGUGAACGUAAAUGUGGGUUUACACGCGCGUCGUCUCAAUCUGUCAUCUUCUUUUGUUGGAUUUUUCUUUACAGAGGAAAGAAAUUUAAUAUUUGGUAAUUAUGCAACAUUCCUAUGUAUUGCACUGAUGGCGAACUGUAUGUCAUGUAAAUAUAUAUUUAGUGAGAAAUUGUAAGCUUCUCGUCCAUCUGUUUUCGUUUUGCUUGUUUGUUUGUUUGUUUGUUUGUUUGGUUUUUUUAUUAAAUGAAAAAAAAAACGCAUGUAAUGUAAACGUUCCUAAAAGCAGGAUGUUGAUCUGAAGCUGCGUGACAGAUGACGGCCAUUAAAGUGCUAC